ACCCCGCCCCCUCGUCAGACGAGAAGUUUUAAAUGACGGCCGUAUGUCGUCUGCUCAUUACCUGAUUAGCAUCGCCAUGAAACUGAGCGCGGGAAAAAUGUUCGUGCUACCGGUUCUAGUGUUAUUCAUCGUCUCGGAAGCGCGGGUAAUAAAAAGUCCGUACUGGGAACUGCCAGACAGUGAGUUCGUCCCUCCGUCACAGACUAAAACAUUAAGGGAAAAUUGGUUAGACGACGGUGUGUCGUCACCUUUAUCAAAAGACUUACUGCUGGGGAUAGCACAGACACUAAAGAGAUCAUAUCCUUCCUAUCCAGGAAUGACAAAACGGAGCAGUUUAAGCGAGCUGAUACAAUGGAUUAUGAAAAUUCGUGGUGAUACCGGCGAGCCUGGACGAGCUGCCGUUAUUCGGUUCGGCGCCGGGAGGCGAUGACGUGUUUCGUGAAAUACUGCUUUCCACUAACAUUCUAUUGUUUACAAACAAAAUAAUAUAGUAGGAUCUCACAAUUUAUGUUUCAAAUGACUGUGUGGAUAUUAAAAACUAACUUCACAUUAUCAAAUUGUUUUUUUUAGGGGAUGUGUCUUUUUAAUAUAAAUGUUGACAUCGUUUUAAAAAGGAAAGAUGUACAUUCCUCCUUUUUUAUGGUGUGAACACUGAAGAACGUUCGACUGACUUUGGCAGGCUACUAAGGUAACAUGUUAAAUAUAGCACAGGAAAGCGAUAUGCCAUGAUUAUAAUUAAUUAAGGAAAAUGAUACUGAGUGACUAGUUUUUUUGUUUCUAAUUAUAUUAAGCGUAGGAUGCCACUCUAGUAGGCCUAAUGUGUGGAUCAGAUUAUAUUUAAACUGCAGCAGACGACCACUAAAAAUACUUUUGAAAUGGUUAUCUACUAUUUCAAAGAUUAGAUUACUAAUAUGUUAGAAGGAAAAAUUACGUUAAAAACAAACAAACGAGGAAGGCAGUUCAUGAUAAGCAUACCCCCCCCCCUCCCCCCCCCCCCUCCCCCGAAACAAAAAAAAAUAAUGUUUUUUAAAAUCCCCAGAAGCAACCAUUCGAUGGUCUUGUAAUGAUUACGUCUCCGGCCAUGGACAUUGUACGAUCAGGUGGCAAAUAUAGGACAAAGGUAGAUGAGAUAUUGAUAAUACAGAAAAUUUUAAACUAUUCUUUAGGCCUACUCUUAGAAAAAAAAUGUCACCGCGAAGAAAUAUAUUAUAUGUAAGUUGAAUAGAUGGUGGACAGAGCCAAUGCAUACUUUUUAUAACUUAAUUUGUAAUCAUAUUAAUGCAAUAAAACAUUAAUUUAGAUAGAUACAGGCUGUUACAAGAAUUUGGGAGCAUUUCACUUAAAAAAAACCCACCCUGUAAUGCUAAAGCAACCCGAGUAAGAGACUACAGAUCUGAUUGGCCUAACCGAUAAAUUGGCCAUGGUAACGCGACUAAUAUCGUUAUUUAUUCCUUAUGUAGCGUGGCAGUCUUACCAGCACAGUUUUCUCCACUUGAUAAGUAUGGGAAGCCAGACAAAUUAUAAUGCAUAUAUUUAUCAACAGUACGCCCUGACAAUGUUGUUUUAAGGGUUAAGGCCUUAGUGGAUGGUUGGCACACCUUUAUAACCCCCCCCCCCCCCCCCCCCACACACACCCCGAUUUAAUACGUAACGUAUCCUAGUUCAAGUAAAAACUUCACUUGAGUCGAUACAUAUAUGGACGUUUGCUUCACGACAAACUCCACCCAUAUUUGUUACUUGAAGAUAUUGGAAGCUUUUUCAAAUUGUAAAUAAAAGUUUUGAUUUUUAA